AAUGCGGCAAUGCGGCGUCAGAUUUGCCAAAGGAGCCGAUCUGCAACAAGCCGCAGCAUCAGCAGCCUGCGGCUGCGCCAUACCCAGCUGCUGCUGCGGGGUGGUGCACGCACGCCACUGGAGCCGCUGGAGCCCGAGAGUUUUUGGCGCUCCACUUUGCCAAACGAAACCCUCCUGCGACGACACAUUCUGAAUUCCACAGAAGGGGCCCGACGCAAAGUUCGUCUGGACUCACUGUGGAAUCAGCUCACUUUGCGGGGCAUGGAUGAGUCCUAUGCGUUGGGGCGCCGGAUCGAAACAUGGAUCUUUGAGC